AUGUCUAAAGAAAUAUCCCCCGGAGGCUAUCACUGGAUCUCCGACACCAUCAACAGCCUCGAUCCAGAGACCGACUAUGAACUUAUGUGGCGGCUCAUGUCUUGCUACCGUUCAAAUGAUUUCAUGAAUAACAUGAUAUACGCCCUUACGUUUCCCAAUUUCAUCAUCACGACCCACGGCUGCGAAACUGUCUGGCGCUCAGACGGUGGCAAGGUUGUGAAGCGAGGAGCCCAGCGCGUUGAAGAUACCGAAAACUACAACAUGACAUGGUGGCACUAUGGACCCAGCGACAAACGAUGUCGAGACGCAGUGGAACAUAUCAACAACCUUCACGCGUCUCUGGCUCGUCGCUAUCCCGGCAACUUCUCGUAUAACGAAGAUUAUCUGUACGUCACAACUUUCAGUGCUGUACUUAUGCACCGUCUUCGUCUUCGGCUGGGACUAUCGGGCUUCACAGAGAAAGAGAAGAUUGCCGCUCACCACUUUUGGCGGGAUAUGACGCCGCUCUUCAUUAAAGAGGAUGGGAAUUCUGUUCACGGAUAUCCUGAAGACUUUGAGGGCUGUAUCCAGUUCUGCGAAGACUACGAAAACGAGACACGCGAGUUCGAUAUCAGAAUGCAAUACAUCGGCUUGGCAAUCAUGAAUCAAUUCGCUUUCCGAUACUUUCCCCACGGCCUUCGAUGGCUAGGAGUAUCCAUAGUGAAAGCUCUUACACUGCCUACAACUCUCAAGGCAAUGCGGAUCGAACCCAUUAAUCCUAUUUUUCAGUGGUUAAUUGUGUUUCUGGUUGGGACAGCAAUGAGCUUUGCUGAAACAUUCUUACCAGACCCGCGGGAGUCAUUUUGGAAGAGGAUCGAGACGUUGGAUGUAGAGAAGGCGAAGGCGAGGAAAGACGAUAUCAGGGGAAGUGAUCAAGCGUAUUGCCAGUAUAUCAGAUCUGAGUGGAGUGGUCCUGGGUGCCCCUUUGCCAUGAAAGCUGAAUAG